AUGGCGAGUGACUCCUGCCCAAACUGCUGCGCCGUGCUUUCACUGCUGGGCAUUGUUCACCUUCUUCUUUUUGGUGGCAUGUUCCGUGCGCGGGCGGUUUCAUUUCAUAUCACGAGUGUAGAAAAUGGCUGGGAUAUAGAUGAAAAGGCGCGUGCCUGCUUUAAUGGGGCCAUAUUUUACGGCGUCACCCUCUUUGUGUCAGUUGCGGCGCGCAUCUACACUCGGCGUAGCCAGGCCGCAAGAGAGGCUCUGUUAGAAGCAGAGCGACUCCGUGAGCGUGCCGAAUUGCAUAUCGGAUAA